AUGGCAUUCUUCUCCUCCGCCUCCACCCCAUCCACCUUUGGCGCUCGCCCAGCUGCAACCCCAACCUCCAUCGGCCAAAUCAACACCUCAGCCGCCUCCAAAACCACCGGCGAUCAAGACCAAGAAGUAGCUCCUGCCCCCUCCGAUACUGUCUCGUGCCUCUCCUUUUCUCCCACCGCCGACUUCCUCGCCGCCUCUUCAUGGGAUAACAACAUCCGCAUCUACCAAAUCAACAAAACCUCCCCCACACCCGUCACUCCUUGGCAGCAGUACUCCCACGAAGGUCCCGUCUUGGAUCUAUGCUGGAGCAGUGAUGGGGCAAAAAUCUUCAGUGUGGGCGCGGAUAAAGUAUGCAGGAUGUUUGAUAUGAAUACGAACCAGCCUACCGUUGUGGCGCAGCACAAUGACACGAUUAGAAGUGUAAGGUGGUUGAAUGUAGCAGGGGGUGUAUUGUUGACAGCGGGAUGGGACAAGGUGUUGAAGAUUUGGAAGGUGGAUAAUCCUGCAGCGGGACCUAACAUGGUUCAUAGCUUGAACUUGCCAGAGAAAUGCUAUGCGAUGGAUAACGUGCAGAAUGUGGUAGUGGUGGCGAUGGCGGAGCGUAUGGUGUUGGGUUUCAGAUUGGAAGAAACUGGAAGCAUCACACCAUUGGUAGAGCAACAGUCUCCACUCAAAUACCAAACUCGAUCAAUGGCAGUCUUACCCGAUGGAGACGGCUACACACUGGGCGGUGUCGAAGGUCGAGUGGGAGUCCAAUACUUCCAUGACCCUCCAGACAAAGACAACAAGGUCAAGAAAUUUGCUUUCAAAUGUCAUCGUCGUGCUAACGCCGAUCAUCCGGAAGUUCCUCGUAACGAGUCUCACCUCUACCCCGUUAACUGCAUCGCGUUUAACGUGCACGGUACUUUUGCAACUGGUGGUGCUGAUGGAAGUAUCAACUUUUGGUGCAAACAGAGUAGGACAAGAUUGAAGACGAUGGAAACGAAAGGACCGGCUAAUGCGCCAAAGGAAUUGUUGAAGACCAAUCCGGCAAAACAGCCGAUUACCGCAAUCGCGUUCAAUAGAGAUGCAACUAUCUUUGCCUACGCAGUUGGAUACGAUUGGCAUAAGGGAUAUCAAGGAGCUGGUGGGGUGGAGCCGAAAGUUUGGAUUCAACCAGUGAAUUAUGAGGAUGUGAAGAAGAGGCCUCCUAAGGCCUAA